AUGUAUCGAUUUACUAACAUUUAUUAUUAUGAAAACAAAAUUAUGUGCAAUAUAAUUUUACACAUGGGUUCAUUUUUACGUACAGUUAUUAACUCAAUCAAAGAUGAAAAGGUUAAGAGAUCUUUAUUGGGAAGUACCAAUGAAGAACAAGCUUCUGUUUUGAAAUGGUUGUCUUUUACCAAUUCUGACUUUAUAAGUUCUGUUGCUAACAUUUUUCGUAUAGUCACCGGUAAGGUUUCAUUUAACAAAAAGGCUUUGGAUGCUGCCUAUGUUGCUUUGGAUACCCAAGCCAGUAUUUUUGAAACCAGAUUAACCGACUACACAUACUUGGUUAAUGAACACAUCACUUUGGCUGAUAUUUUUACUGCUGCUGCUUUCACAUUCCCAUUUUCCACUGUUAUUGGUGCUGAAUGGAGAAAAUCACAUCCAGCCAUUGUUAGAUGGUUCAAUACUGUUAUUGAAUCACCUAUUUUGAAGGGUGCUUAUGGUUCUUUUGAACCAAUUGUUAAGCCAUUGGAAUGGGUUCCACCAAAGAAGGAAAAGAAGGAACAAAAACCAAAGCAAGAAAAGAAGAAGGCUGAAGCUAAACCAAAAGCAACUGAAGAACCAGCUGCUGAACCAAAAAAACCAAAGCAUCCUUUGUCAUUAUUACCUAAGGCCACUUCCUUGGACUUGGAAGAAUGGAAGAGAAAAUAUUCCAACGAAGAUACUAGACCAGUUGCUUUACCAUGGUUCUGGGAACAUUAUAACCCAGAAGAAUACUCUAUCUGGAAAGUUGCUUACAAGUAUAACGAUGAAUUGACCAUGACAUUUAUGUCUAACAACUUGGUUGGUGGUUUUUUCAACAGAUUGAGUGGUUCUGUUAAAUACAUGUUUGGUUGUUUAGUUGUUUACGGUGAAAACAACAACAAUGGUAUUAUUGGUGCUAUUUUAAUCAGAGGCCAAGAUUUCAAACCAGCUUUUGAUGUUGCUCCAGAUUGGGAAUCCUACUCUUAUGAAAAUUUGGACCCAGUGAACAAACCAGAAGACAAGGAAUUUGUCAAUGACAUGUGGGCUUGGGACAAACCAGUUGUUAUUAAUGGUGAAACCAGAGAAAUUGCUGAUGGUAAAGUUUUGAAAUGA